AUGGGCAAAGGAGGCAACGCAUCGACGGCUCUCGCGCGGUCGCCACCGACGGACUUCACGUGGGACACGAGCGACGAGCCGCAUGCGACGCGCCGGAAGCUCAUCACCGCCAAGUACCCGCAGAUCAAGAAGCUCUUUGGCCCGUGCCCCAAGUUGAAGUACCAGAUUCUAUGCGCCGUCGCCGGCCAAGUCGGCAUGGCGUGGUUCAUCCACGACAAGUCGUGGGCGAUGUACGUCGUCGCCGCCUACGUCUUUGGCGGUACCAUCAACCACAUGCUCAUGAUGGGCAUGCACGAGCUCUCGCACAACCUCGCGUUCAAGACGAUGCUGUACAACCGGGUGCUCUCGCUUGUCGCCAACUUUCCGCUCGGUGUGCCGGCCGCGAUCGCAUUCAAGCGGUACCACUCGGAGCACCACCGGUACCAGGGCGAGGACGGCGUCGACGUCGACAUCCCGACCGAAGCUGAGGGCAAGUUUUUCAACAGUCGCUUCCGCAAGUUCCUCUUCAUUUGCUGCCAAGGCCUCUUUUACAGCUUCCGUCCGUUCUUUGUCAACCCGAAAGCCCCGUGUCUCUGGGAGUACAUCAACUACGCGUCGUGCAUCGCCUUCAACAGCACGAUGGUGCACCUCUUUGGCUGGUCAGGCAUGGGCUACUUCCUCCUCAGCACGCUUCUCGGCAUGGGCCCGCACCCCCGCGUGAAGCGAAAGACGCUCAGCGCGGCCGACCGCGCCAAGCUCAAGUCCGAGUAA